AUGAAGGCUGGAGAUAGCGCUGACCAAAAUCAAAGUUCAAUGGGAUCGGCUGAGAGUGGGGAGACGACUAUCCUUCAGAAAGUUCUCAAUGAUAAGGCAUACUUUGCCGAAUUUCAGAAUGUCCCUCCGGGUAAGCUAGUAGUCGUGGUAAUGUAACCCCUCACAGCGUUCUGUACUUUUUUGAAAUGAAUCGGACACCGGUUUUAAAAAAAAUUUUUUGGAGUGGGCAUUUAUGCGGGUCUAGCUAGUGAAUGUAUAAUACACAUAUGUAAAUACAUAUAAGAUUAACGUGUGAAAUUUGUGGUGCUUAUGAGUGGCAUGAUUGCAUUUUUAAAAUUUGCCCGUAGGGCAUUUUUACGCAGAGUGCAAGAUCCAAAUUUAAGCUCUGUAUUUGACGAUGGAGAGAGAUGACAUGGUGAAAUUAAACAGUAUGCUCAAAUCAGUAAGCAUGCAAUCUUCAAUUUGUACCAAUUUACUUUUCUAAUGAUAUCCUUAAAGUGCAAAUAUUUGGAAAAUAUUUGCAAAGUUAAUGCAAAAAUUGCACCGCAAAUUUCACACGUCGAUCUUAUAAAUACAUACAUAUGUAGUACGCACUCGCUACACCCGCGUAAAUCUCAACAACCAAAAAAUUUUAAAAAAAUCGAUAUCCGAUUCAUUCCGAAAAAGUACAGUGCCCCUGUUCAGUUCCUGAACCAAUUUGGCGACCAUUACUGGGAGUUGGAUUGUAUCUCACAUACCUGGUGAUCAUCAUGGGAUUCGGCUUCUUCUUUUUGCAUUAUUGCGAAUCUCAUGACUGUAUAGCCGCGGAAAACACAACGAGACGUGAUCAGGCAAGUUUAAAGGCGAUUUUGGGCUCACUACGUCAGCAUCUGUUAUGCUAA